CUUCUGUCAAUGUGAAAUGAAAGAUUGCUUUAAAUCCUCAAUCCUAAUUACUUAAUUAAAAAACUAAACAAAACUAAACUAAGCAAUCACAUUGAGAGGGAGUCUAAUGGGAUCCCUGCUUUGAUGCGCCAGUUUACCCAGCAGUAUGAGGAGUGGGUGCGCCUUCCGAUGGAUAAAGUUUCUCAGCCCGCUCAAACGCACCAACCGGGGCAGGUGGUCCAGGCGGGGGUUAUUUGCACGUGGGAUGGGGCUACUAGAAGCGGUUCUCACUCGGCAGGGGGAUUGGUUUUGCUGACCCCUUCUCGAGAUGUCUUAAUGGCGAAAGGGGUCCAAUUUUCGAUAAUUGAUGACCCCAUGAUGGUGGAACUGCUUGUCCUCCGCGAGGGUAUUAUUUGGUGUCUGGAGCGUGGUUUCACGGAUGUCCAGUUUGAAGGGGAUGCCAAGGUUGUCAUCGAUAAGAUCCUGCAAGCUGAUACUAGGGACAACCGGGUGGGUGCGAUUCUGGAAGAGGUGGUGCUGGGGUUGUCCAGUAAUCCGGGGUUUAGUGUUCGAUUUGUAGGUCGGAGUAGUAAUAGGAUAACCCAUCUGGUGGCUAGAAAGGCCCUUUCUUUGUACCCGACGACGAGUCGUUUGUUCGAUUUUCAGUCCUGGCUGAUCUCCAGGAUGUAAUUGCCUAUUUUUUAAAUCAAUAUAUGAUUAUCUUUUGUAAAAAAAAAAGAGAGUCUAAUAGAAAAAAAAUCAGAUGCUAUUAUUCAAUCAAUGUGCCCUAAGCAACAAUCUAACUAUUUUUCAUGGUGCACCUUGAAGGAAUAAUUAUAUUGCACAAGCUAAGGCAGAUUAUAAGUAUAAAAAUGUAUUAUCAAAUCGUGCAAAAUGAAUAUUUUGUGACCGUUUUGUAUAAAGUGAUAAGUUGUGUGACCAUUUAUGCUAAUUACUCGGUAGAUUAUACUGCUGAGAGAUAGCUAGGGAGUGAUUCCCGCCGGUAGGGAUGACAAUUUUGACCUGACCCGAUUAACCCGUCCUGUUUGAUCUAUUUUGGGGCGUGUCCGAACUGCCUCGUAAACGGGCGGGAAUGGGUACCUCUCAUCGACCCGACCUACCGACACGCCCCAUUCACGACCCGUUCUUGCCUGAAUUACAUGUAAUCUUAGUCAAAUUACUUAGGACUUUCCUCUUAUUACAUCAUAUUUUAGGUAUAAUAAAGUUGUAAAUGAGUG